CUGACUGUGCAGACCGGAGAGUCUCUCUCUCUCUCUCUCUUUCUGGCUGAUCGUUGCUGGCUCUGAAAUCGACACUCAAAACUCUUAAAAUACAAUUACACGCGAAAACCGAAUGCGUGGAUAUCAUGCAAUCACAUGAAAGCUCUUUAAUUUUAGCUGAUAAACAUACGACCCACCUCUCCUCUUCCUCUUUUGGGUGUUUUUUCCUCUGUGUGUAAUCGAAGGGGGGAGACUGCGUUCAGAGACGGGGGAAAACAGGAAUGUUUCUUCCGGUUCCAAAGAGUGUAAAAACGGAACGGAAGCAGAUGUGGUCUUUGUAGCCUGCCAGCGUACUCUUGUAGUACUACCCUCGCAUCCGCCUUAUCGAACCCUUUGCCACUGAGUUCCACUGCCGGCUUUGGUUUUCCCCCAACUGCAGGAAAAACCAUUGAGACAAGAGAAAGGCCUCUGUCUCCAGAACUGCAGCUGACCUCUGACUGCAUGUCUCAGAGCUCUGACCGACCCCCCUCCUCUUCCUCCUUCCACUUCACCUCAAGGACCCACAUUUUCACAAAACCAUAACCUCCGAACCUCCAGCCAGCUGCUAGCUGCUUCACCACAGGCACGGUUGGCAAUUGCUCUCCUUGAGCAGAAGCACUGACAAUCGCCCCCCGACCGGCCCCCGAUUGGUGCUUCUUCAGUGGGGGAGGGAGGGGAAGGAAGGCAGCUUAACACCGUGCCGCUUUCCCCGGAGAUGAAGCUGCAGGCUGUCAUGGAGAACCUGCACAGGCAGCAGAGGGCCAAGCUACUGAUGGAGCAGCAACUACAGCAGCAAGCCGCCACCCAACACACUCAGAUCCGCGCAGGUGGAGGAGGAGGCGAUGAGCCGAUGGGGAGCCCGGCCCCUGAGGCGGAGCAGGCCCAGAUGGCAGCACUAGCAGCCAUGCGUGCAGUGGCUGCCGGGCUGCAGAGGGUGUCCGACAGUCCAAUGUCAGAGCGCAGCAGCGGCGGCGAGGAUGACGGUGACGAAGGUGACGACGAUGAAGGAGAGGAGCAUUACAAGGACAUGAUGGGGUCAGAUGAGGAGGAGCAGAUCAAACGGAAAUGGGAUGAGGAAGACUUUGAAGGCGAGAUGGAAGAAGACUUUGACGAUGACCUGGCAGAGGAGGGUCUGCCGACGGGCCAUGGUGCAGUGGCUCCUGGGAAGGGCAUCCUCCUGCUGCCCCACCGUCAACUCCACCCCCACUCCCAUCUGAAGGCCCGUCCCAGUGUAGACCAGGAGCCCCGUGUAGCCAUUCUGCCUCCCCACGCCACACACAGCCAUCUGGGCGGGCAGGACCAUGGAGAUUGGACCUACGAGGAGCAGUUCAGACAGCUGUAUGAACUGGACAGAGACCCAAAGAGGAAAGAGUUUCUGGAUGACCUCUUCAGCUUUAUGCAAAAAAGAGGAACCCCGGUGAAUCGUAUUCCCAUCAUGGCCAAGCAAGUUCUGGAUCUGUACAUGCUCUACAGGCUGGUGACAGAGAAGGGCGGCCUUGUGGAGGUCAUCAACAAGAAACUGUGGAGGGAGAUCACCAAGGGACUCAACCUGCCUACCUCAAUCACAAGUGCAGCCUUCACCCUCCGCACACAAUACAUGAAGUACCUGUACCCAUAUGAAUGUGAUAAGAGGGGUCUGAGCAACCCCAACGAGCUCCAGGCAGCCAUCGACAGUAAUCGGCGGGAAGGCCGACGGCAAAGCUUUGGUAGCUCCCUCUUCACCUACUCGCCCAAUGGGACGCCCACCAUGCUCUCCUCUCCGAAGCUCCCCACGACAAGUGUGGGCAUGACAGUGGGCACCAAUGGGGCAUCGCUGACGCCCAUCCAGAAGAUCAAGAAAGAAGAGGAGGGAGGCCAGCCGCUGCCAGGGAUCGGUAUGUCUCGUUUGCCAGCGGGGGCGUUGGCGGGUCACUCGGUGGCUGCUGUGCAGGCAGCGGCAGCUCAGGCAGCCAUGGCGGCUCAGGUGGCGGCUCUGGAGCAGCUGAGGGACAAACUGGAGGCCGGCGAGCCACCAGAGAAGAAGAUGGCGCUGCCUGCCGAGGAACACCACCGACUGCUGCAGAGAGCGCUGCAACACAACCUGCUGGCAAUGACCGCUCAGAUACCAAUGAACAUCCGCAUCAAUAACCAAGACAGCAGGCAGGACUCGGCCCUGAACCUCACCACCAACGGCACAAGCAGCAUCAGCAUGUCAGUGGAACUCAAUGGAGUCGUGUACAAUGGCGUUCUUUUUGCUCAGGCAGCAGCAGGGUCAGCCUUGUCCGGUACAUCUGGAUCGUCUGUCUCCAACAAGACGGCCCGUGUCGCUCCACAGCAGCAACAGCAGCACACACCUACCUCAACCUCAACAUCCAGCAACUCAUUGUCUUAACAAAACCCCAGCCCUUCCCCUUUUAUUAUUAUUUUUUUAAUUACCACGCUAAGUAAAGCCAAAAAUCAACCUCAUUUUCUACAUAAUCUAUGCCAAAAAGAGAAGAACCAUAAACUGUACAGAGACACAAACUGAAACUCGGAUCACUUGAAGUACACUAUCUCAGGUUUUCUCUCACCAACUCACCUCUUUUGUUCUUCAUAGCCAAAAUGAUUUCGUAAAAGAAAAAAAGACCCAACUGAGAGCCAGUAUAUGCUACACAAAUAUGUAUGCACAGCCUGUGAAUUAUUUAUUUCUGCAUAAAUGUACAGAUUACUGAAGAACAAAAGAGAUGGUAAUAACUAGGAAGGUUAAUGCACUGUUUACACACACAAACACAGCUACCGAUUGACAGCGUUUUAUCCUCUAGGGGAGAGAUUUUUUAUUUUUUAUUUUAUCUUUUCACUGUCGUUAUUAUCGUUAUUGUUAUUCUCUUUAUUGUGUUAUAUCAUUUUAAACAAUCGUUAACAAUCCUCUCACUGCAGGAAAAAAAUCUAUAUAUUUAGAAUUCUAUUAAAAAAAAAAGAAAAUAUGAAUAUCUUCUAUUUUUAGUCAGAAAAGCUUUAAAGGUAUAUGUUGUUUCUUCAGGGCAUAUAACAAUGUACCGCUGUGACCUCAUUUUGUGUAAAAACCGUAUACCUUAUUCACAUGGCAGCCAUUUUGGAUCUGUGUAUGGACGAGCGAGUCCAGUGCAUGUCUGCGCUCCUGUUGUUGGUGCCCAGAUACACAUCAUACCAAUGUCACAGAUUCUCCAGUGAAACACAAAUAUGAAACAACUGGAUCUCAAGAAUCUGCAAGGAAAUUGGUUCAUACAUUUGAUCCAUUAUUGAUCGCUACCAGAGUCUAGGUAGUAGCCUAAUUAGCUACGUAGCUGACAUCCCUGCUGAAUUCUAGCAGCUGCUGUGGUUCUUCUUCCUGAGACAGCUGGCAAUUUUUUAUCCAUAAUCCUCACUUGUUUGUUGACAUAAAGCCAGUUCAGUGUAUAUGUAUGCUAAUCUUGCAGGUAGUUUGUCAAGCUUAAUGUUCAUAAUGGCUGUUUGUGCAGGUGGGGAAAUUAACUACGGCCUUUCUGCACCUCAACACGCUGGACUUUCUGAGCCUCAGCUACAUCCACACCGUUCCUGUUGCGAUUAUUACACGUUGUUCAAUUUUUCUCAGGUGUCUGCCUGCUCAUCGCAUUGUACAGUAACUGGAUGCAAUGCAAUGCUUUGCAACAUCUUUCUCUGCUGAAAGAUGACAUUUUUAUUUUCUUAUUUUUCUAAUUUGUCUUAAGGUCAGAUGCAUGCCCGUGUUUGUAGAUGAAGCUCUUCAGCUAACAGGAGUCGUGUAUCCACUAAAUCCAUGUCACUGUUGGAGACACUCACAUGGGUGGACAAUCAGGUGUCAGAAGAAACUAUGUGAGCUUCAGAAGAAACUCAUCCUGACAGUUAUUUCAGCUCAUAUCAGACGUUUUGUUUUUUAUAUUAUAGAUUACAGAUGCUUUUAUUUUUUGUGCCCACUUUGUGUUUUGUUUUGCAUGACUUAGUGCUUCUUCUGAUCCAAGUGCUUCUUAUCCUGUGCUGUGACCGGGACAGGGUCUCCUUAAGACUAGCUUGCCAAUGAUAUAGCAGAGAAUGUCAUGUGACUGUUUUUAGAUAAUGCUUAUUUGGGGCUUUUGACAAUGUGAGCUCAGAGGUAGUCAUAGCCGUGGCUGAGCGCUUGAUUGUGUCAUUCACUGCUGUUAGAUUUAUAAAAAGUUAAAUCAGCCACAGUGGAGAAACUAUAUCAUUCAUAAUUAGAUGUGUCUCUGGAUUUUGAAGUAGAUCAAUCACUCAGCUUUUUGAACUUUAACCUCUCUCUCUGGACUGUUAGCUGUUAAAGAUUGUUGCUCAACCCCCCACCCCUACACAAAGCAGCCUCUUUCCUACUGACGUUAGGAAGUAAAUCAGGCUUUGUAUGUGGUUUCUGUUCUGAGGCCUUAACACAGCAUGAGAUGACCAGAGAGCGAGCAGUCCCUCCAACUAAUCAGUUUUUACUGUUCCAGUCAAAUAUCACCAGAUGGCUGUAGUGGCUUUGAUUCUGGACUCGCUUCUCGGUCGGAAAUCACCACCAGCUGCUACACAAACACUGGUCAGUUUUUAAGAGUACUCUUUAUCCUCAGACUGCCAACAACUUUCAUUCAAAUACACAUACAAUCAUUAAAUGCUGUUAUUAAAGUUUGUAAAAUAGUGAGAAUACUUCUUGACAUAAAGCAGUGAACUGCCCGGCUACACUUGUUUUAUUACUUCACAAGAAUUGUGCAGCAGCAGAUUGAACUUGUGGAUAGGUAGAUAAUCAGAGAUCAUCACCUAUAUGAAAUGGGUGCUACUGCUACAGUUUUAUGUGUGUUUGAGGUUUUACAUUUUAUACCACCUGUCAGGUAAAAUAACUUACUGUGACUGGCUCACAGGCCAGAACAAAGAAGGGAGACAUAUGCCUAACUUAACAAUAAUAAACAGAAAUUUAUGAAAGUAGGUAAAAAUAAUUAAUAAUAAUAAUUAGAAACUCAGUGAGGUGCAAAAGUAAGUCAGUUCAAGAGAUGUAUCAAAGUGUAUGAAUGCAAUGGCUGAUAAUGAGGUUUAUGUUGUCAAUCUAAAACAUCAUACUGGCGUCUGGGCAGGCGGGCUUAAAUAACACUGGCCAGAUGUUCCCAGUUACUGCAAUGGCACCUCAGCUACACCCAAACACACACUACACAGGACCAAGGCAAAUGGCACUGGGUCCAUCAAACUAUAAAUAAACAAUAAUGGAGAAUCAUUGCGUCAUACUAACCUUCAGUGAUUAUUAAAUUCUCGAACAGAAGCAUAGCUCAACUUGUUAGCUUUUUCAUUAAUCAUUGAGCUUUCUCAGGCACUUGACUCUCAGAGAAGUGAGCUUAAUUAUUUGAAGAAAGAGUCAAUAUUCUACCAAUAAACACGAUUGUGUGAUACAAUUGAAAGCUCCAGAACAGAUACUGAGCGAAGCUUGUGGUGAGAUACGUUUUCAGUCCCAUCAGAUCUGCUAGUUAUUUCAGUAGCUUCCAUGUUCAUAGUUCACACGCCAAAUACAGAACUUUGCCAAGUGUGCUAACAAAGCUUUUUUAGCCAGUUUAAAAUAAUAAAUGUCAAACCUCAAACAGUCACAAACAGCAGUUACAAGAGGGAAAACUGCAGCUGUAAGCGUUGUAGCCCACAGGGGGCAUGUCUCAGAGGGUCAAACGGUGAAGGUGGCAAAGUUCGGACUUACUGCAUGUUGCACCUGUAUUUCAGUACUGCUGACAACACUGAGCCUGGUUUAAUUUGCUUUACAUCACUGUCACUUUGUGUUCUCGUCCAUAGGUUUUAGGUGAGGGUUCAUGAAGUCUGUAGAUUGCACGGUUCUGUUUAUUAUCUCCUCUGUCCCCUACUUCUGCAGUUUUCUCAGAGGGUAUCAGUAUAAUGGUGCUCACAAACAGCGGCUCUUUGGCUCUGACCACCAAGGUUUAACUCAACCAGAUUGUUUUUUUGGUGUGAGAAACAUUUGCUAAACUGAAACUCACGGUCUGUGUGCGACUAUAGCUUUCUCUUAGCAGAGGUGGGAGAUAAUACAAAACCAUGUUUAAACCAAUGUGGCAUUUAUGCAGUAUUGAUGCAGUCUGAUUGAUCAGGUUAUUGGUGUAAAUUGGUUACAGAGGAAGGCAACAUGUUUUUACAGUGAGAAAUGUAGGUCAAGUGAAACAGUUCCUCACUGUGGACAGUUGAGUCGUGUACAGAUGCACACUAAUGCUGAACUGGCUUCUUUGCAUUUGAUUGCAUUGACACCUUUUAUCCAAAGCAUUAAGCCUUGUGGUUACUUUUUAUUUUAAUCUGGGUCUUAUUGUUGUAGUUUUGGCAACAUACAUUCUUGAAACCACUAAAAACCUGCUUUAUUUAUCUUUAUGACUAGCCAGUUAUUAGGUACAGUACUAACUCUGUAAACUCACGUUCAUUUAGAUCUGUUGGCUUUUUAGUAGGGUUAAGAUUGUAACCCGAGUGAGGCAUAAAUUAGCUUAGCAUGGUUUAAAUUUUUCUGUAAAGCGCUUAACAGUAAAUACAGAAACAGUGAAAUAGAGAAAGGUUUUGAACUUCAAAUUUUGAGGUUUAUGAUUAAUAAUCAUUACAGACCGUACAUGAAACAUACAACAUUUAGAAAUGUUUGUCUCUAUGUUUAAACAAUCGAAAGGGAAAACACAGUAUCUACAAAUAUAAUGUAUGUUUAUUCAGUUAUCUUUUACAUUUGAACUUAUAACUAGUGUAAUAAAUUAUUUGUUAAUAAAAUAAAUGUUUAAUAUGUGUAUUAUAGGUAGCUUAAGCACAAGAAAUCACGUGAUUUUCACUGCAGUCAGAAGCUACAGAGAUGGCAGUUAAUUCUAUUCUGCUAGCUAGGCUAGUUGACAUUUUGCAGGACUAGUUUAUCCGGUGUUCCUUUUUUCUCUCCAUUAUUAUUUAAGAGCUGAUGUUUUAUUUAUAUGGAAUAAUAAGCUCAGUUACUAGAUUUUGGAGCAUCAAAUUUGAUUUUUCAAUUCCAGGAAACCAGAAAUUGGACAAACUGGCUUUAACUAUCUCAGCAGCUAGCCCUAGUUAAGGCUAGCUGCUGAGAAACUGCUGUGACUGCUGGAGUGCAGUCACAGCAGUUUGGUUUUCCGCACUGUCUCAUAAUUCUUAUGAAUUUCCACCCCCAAAAAAUAUACAGUUGAUGGUAUAAUAAUUUCUGUGAUAAGGAAAAAUGUCAAAAAGUCAGAUUCUGGUCUUAACUCAGUAUGUAGUUACUGCAUUUUUCCUUGUAGGGCAGCAGUCUCUACAGUAAUGGUGACGCAAACAUGCUACACUAGCCUAUAGAUAUAUAUAACUUAGCCAUGAUGACUAUGACAGAAAGACCCAGAGUGAAAAAAGAAACUAAUUUUAAACAAAUUUACAUUUUAGUGUUGUCCUUCUCUUUCACCUGUGUAAGCACAGGCUACUGUAAACUUCAUUUAUUACGAUGGAAAAGGAUAUUUUUACUCCGUCAGUUUGGUGACAUGCUGAAAGCCCAACAUUUCCCUCCUCAUCUCUCUCUCUCUCUCUCUCUCUCUCUCUCUCUCUCUCUCUCUCUCUCUCUCUCUCUCUCUCUCUCUCUCUCUCUCUCUCUCUCUCUCUCUCUCUCUCUCUCUCUCUCUCUCUCUCUCUCUCUCUCUCUCUCUCUCUCUCUGUGUGUGUGUGAGUAGCAGAUGUCACAGUUGCUGGUAAUGGCUGACAAUCAAAUGGAGACAUGCUGCGGCUGAAAGCAUUGGUUUGGGGGGAGGGCUGCUGGAGACAGCAAAAUUCAAUCAAUACAAUCUAAAGGAUCAACAUUACUUUUUUUUUAUUUGACCCUGAGACCUCUUGGCCCCAGAGACAACAUUUAAGCACCUGCCCCCUUAAAUGGAUCUGUGUUUAUCGUAGAUCUAUCGACAGGCUCUGUGAGAUAUUUGCAUUUGAACAGUGGAGGAACUGCAGCACUCUCUCUCUGUUUCAGUGCGUUCACAGCAGCAUCUCAGGGAAGGUCGGCAUCUUUUUAAUUGCGUGGUACACAAUCAAGUGACGUUAUGACAACACUGUAUACCUCCAAACAAUAACAUCCCUUCAACCACAGUAAAACCCCGUUUCUACCUCAAGAACAAAAGCUUUUGGCAGAUUUCUUUGCUUCAGCCACAACAGAAGCCUGUUGAAGGUUUGUGCAAGAAAACCUCAUCAAAAUGUUGUUGACGCUGGUUUAUAAAGACUUAAAGACACUCUUAUGAAAGAGAUUGUAUUGACCACAGACAAUCAGAAAUCUGCUUAAAAUUGUGACUAAUCAAUUUAAGUUGAGCAAGGGGAUCCAGAGCUGUCAGUAUAGUUGAGGAUUCAGUCCAAGUUUCAACCUCUUUACUAAGAGCUCCCCUCAGUGGAAGGUUUUGUUAUGACAACACAAAAGGGUGUCUGACCCAAGGCGGCAAAGAUUCAAUGUCCUUCAGUUUGACAAUUUACUGCAAAAAAAAUACAUAUUUCCAUGUCUUGGUUUUCUUCCAGAGUUUCAACCUUGUUGAGGUGACAAAGCUUCUGAAACAGCAUUUAGAAUCUGUAGCUCAUCAAGGCAUUCAAUUAAUUCACUUAAAGAAUUAGUCUACUCAUUAAAAACACAGCAAACAAUCAAUGAUUAAAUAUCCUGUCUUGCAUGUUUCUCUGUAGCUUUGGUCAGUCACCUACCUACAUAUUUGAUAUCUGAUAUUUUAAGAAACAUUGAAACGAUCAGUCUUAACGCUGUAGCGGAGUUUCUAGCAGAUUUUGGUUCAGACUGGUAUUUUUUUCUGAAUGCUACCAGCUGCAUGUCUGUGUCUGUGUGUUUGCUGCCGCUUUCACUCGUAGAACGUGCAAGUGAUGACCAUGCAGUUGUUGGCUUUAUUUGUUCGUCAAAGGUACAUCAUUGUUGUUUGCAGUUAAAAGCUUGGAUUGAUUUUAAAAGUCUGCUGGUUUGGUGCAUUCGUGUGCUGUUGUAUUUAUCGGAACAAUGACUUAGCUGGACUCUAUUAAUCGCAUUCUUAGUGAAAAAUGCAUUUUGUUUGUCUCUGAGUUUGAUUUCCCGACAAAUGUAGAUUGUAAGUCUGGGAAGUCACAGCUUUCAAUCAGCACAAACCCUCUGCGUCUCUCUUGGUUGGCUUGCUCGCUCUAUGUCACAAUGUCAUAACAUAAGAAAGUCAUACGUUUCAAGCAUUUUACCUUGAAAUAUUGCUGCUUUUACUCCCACCACAGCCAUAGCUGAAGUACCUUUUGAAAUCUUGUCCAGAGUGUCUUGUAGAGAAAUUACUCUGACUCUUGUUCCCCACAUGUUGACGACAUGGAAAUUCUGCUGCAACAUUGACUGCUUACGGUGCAUGUGGGUUUGGGGCUUUUGACUGGACUUCACCACUGACUUUACCUCCAUCAGGAGGACUGUGGAUAAGGAAAAUGAUGAUGAGAAAUAACAAGAUGCCUUCUGCUGUGACAAUGUUGUAUGAAUUAACCUGUAUUACUAAGAUUCAUUAAAUUGAAUAUUUCUGAACUAUGGCUGUUUAGGGCUGUGAACUGUAUCAUGUUUAUAUUGUUUGUUUUGAUUUAUUUUUUUGCUUUUCUUUCUUUUUUUCCUCUGGAUUUGCUGUAGCAACACCCGCACACGGAGAUUACAUUUAGAGCAGUUUUAUAAAUAUGGCGAUGAUGAUGAUGUCAUUAUUUUAGGAAAGCAUGUGAUGUUUGUGGGGGCUUCACGUGUCUAACUUCAGAAUUGAAACAAGGCUCUUGUCUUUUACAACUUCUCAGGAAAAUCUACCUCUACCUCCAGUUUGAUGCAUUUAACCCAGUGAGGACUCAAGUUACAGUUUAGUGGGUACACAAAGAGGGCGGACACCAGGGUCCGAAAUGAACUUCAACAUACCAGUAACGUACUUUAUAGAUUAAUUAUAAUCUCAUGACACACAUGAGAUUGUAUUGAAAAUAAUUAUUGUGGUGUAUUAUAUCAUUAUCUUGGCUGGAAAAAAAAUAAAAAUAUAUAUAUAUUUGUCACCCUGGUAGGUGAACUGAGAGGUUAAUUUUGGACACUGGGGUGGCUUUCUGUCUCUGUGUUUUCACUCUCUGUGUUACAGGCAUCGUAACUCUUCUGCUGUUUAGUUUAUUUGAUGAGCAGCAUCAGCUACAGCGAACCUACAGCUAACUACUACUAGUACAAGUACUGCUUCUAGUGUCACUGUUAGUACUGCGAGUUGUCUUUUUUUCAGUCAGUUCUAUUCAUGUGUGCUUACUCCGCCUUUUUCUAGAAAUUAUUAAAUUUUUUGAUGAAUGGGAUGUUUCCUGGUCCACGGUAACAGUGAAGUGGCGGCGGGCAAUGCAACUGGUUGGUGUUUUUAUUUUUUCGUUUUUGAAGGUUGGAGAGCUAUUCUUGCCUAUUUACUCUGUGUUUGUGUGAAUACUUUUAUUUUGAAUCUGAAAUUAAUAAAAUAUCACCUUUCUUAAAUGUCA